ACCCCAGACUUUAGCGAAAUCUCUUUCUCUCUCUCUUUUCUCUCAAACUUAGAAGACAAGAUCUCUCUCCUUUUCCACUUCUCUCUCCUUAGCCGCCUUUUAAAACAGACCCAUCUGAUUCUUGCCCUGUAUUGCUCAAUUAUCGGAUUGUUUAUAGCUUGAUCCGAAAAGUCGAAAGCCCAGAAAAAUAUUCCCGGAAACGUUUCCACUUUGUUCAUUUUGUCCCUAAAGUAGAAUCAUUUUAUUCAUUUCUGACCGUUGGAUCACAAGAGUUCAUUUUCCGGGGAUCAAUUUUCCGGUGGUUUACUUGUGGGUUCUCUGUGUUUCAUUUCAUUUCUUCCGAGCUGAGAGAAAAGCUUUUGUUUUCAGUCUUUGGGUUUAAUCAUUGAGGUUCCUUUGGAUACUGUGAAUUUUGGUCAGAUACCCCGUCAGAGCCGGUAGGUGAGUAAAGAGAGAGAGAGAGAGACCAAAAAAAAGAAAGAAAAAAAGAGUGAUUGACUGGUAGAUAAGAAAGCGAGAGAGCAGUGAUGGAAACCCUAAACAUUGUCUCCAAAAGCUUCUUUGCAAUUCUGAGAUAAAUGUCCUAAGAUUUUUUUUCGUUUUUGUCCAGCAGAUUAGGUCCAAAGAAAACCCUAGCAAAAGAUUUUCAGUAUCCAUGCCGGUCGACUUGGAUAAUUCCUCUACUGCUUCAGGGGAAGCCAGCGUCUCUUCCUCUGGCAAUCAGAGUCAACCUCCCAAGUCCACAGCUAAGAAAAAGCGAAACCUUCCUGGAAUGCCCGAUCCAGAUGCGGAGGUGAUUGCUCUGUCUCCGAAGACCCUGAUGGCCACGAACCGAUUCGUGUGCGAAAUUUGCAACAAAGGGUUUCAGAGGGAUCAGAAUCUGCAGCUCCAUCGGCGGGGUCACAAUCUUCCGUGGAAGCUUCGGCAGAGGUCGAGCAAGGAGGUGAAGAAGAGGGUCUACGUGUGUCCCGAGGCGUCGUGCGUGCACCACGACCCUUCGCGAGCUCUGGGUGAUCUCACGGGGAUAAAGAAGCAUUUCUGUAGGAAGCACGGGGAGAAGAAGUGGAAAUGCGAUAAGUGCUCCAAGAAGUACGCGGUACAGUCCGAUUGGAAAGCCCAUUCAAAGAUUUGCGGCACUAGGGAGUACAAAUGUGACUGUGGGACUUUGUUUUCGAGGAGGGAUAGCUUCAUCACGCACCGGGCGUUCUGCGAUGCGUUGGCAGAGGAGAGCGCCAGAGCUCAGACUCAGGUGGCGGUGGUGAAUCCAAAUUCGGAGUCAGACCCGAAUACUCUGGCGGUUGAGACAUCUUCACCAGUACCGGCGCCACCUCCAGUUCAAGCUCCAGCACAAGCUCAAGCUCAAGCUCCACCAGCUCCUCCACAGUCAACUGGUGUACUAUCCUCGGUUUUGCGGAACAAGAGUCCAGAGUUACCGGAAAAUACCCCACAAAUAGUGAAAGAAGCACCGGCCACGACUGGGCUAAAUGGGAGCUGUGCCAGCACCACCAGCUCAAGCAGCAACGGCAGUGCAAGCUGUAGUGUAUUUGCAAGCUUAUUUGCUUCCUCAACAGCAUCAGCAAGCUUGCAAACUGCUCAAACUCCUGCAUUUACUGAUCUAAUCCGUGCUAUGGGGCGCUCUGAUCCCCCAACAGACCUUCCACGGCCUUCCUCUACGGAACCCAUUUCUCUCUGCCUCUCCACGAAUCAUGGGUCAUCAAUUUUCGGGACUGCAGGGCAAGAGCGACGGCAGUAUGCACCGUCACCACAACCAGCCAUGUCUGCUACUGCACUACUACAGAAAGCUGCUCAAAUGGGGGCUGCAGCAACAAAUGCAUCAUUGCUUCGAGGGUUUGGCAUAGUUUCAUCUUCAUCUUCAUCCGGGCAGCAAGAUGGCUUGCAUUGGAGUCAGCGGCAAGUCGAACCGGAGAAUGCCUCAGUUCCUGCAGGACUUGGACUUGGGCAUUGUGAUGGGGGCUCAGGAUUGAAAGAAUUAAUGAUGGGAACUCCUUCUAUGUUUGGUCCAAAGCAAACCACCCUUGAUUUUCUGGGAUUAGGAAUGGCUGCUGGUGGCAGCCCCAGUAAUGGCCUAUCUGCUUUAAUCACAUCUAUCGGCGGCGGGCUCGAUGUGGCUGCCGCUGCUGCUGCGGCAUCCUUUGGGGGUGGAGAAUUCUCUGCUAAAGACAUGGGAAGGGGCACAUGACACAUUUGAAAGAAAAAAAAGAAAGUAAAGUAUUCCAUGCUACAGGGGUCUCCAUCUUUUCUUGUACAAUUGAAGUUGCAGGGGAACGAUGAUAAGCUAUAAUUUUAUAUAAAACUAUUGCCCUUUGGAGGUAAGCAUUAGGCCACAGGCAGUUGGGUCUUUUUUUAUUGUUAUGCUGCCUUUGAUGACCAGGAUAACGAGGUUCUUGUCGAUGUGGUGUAGAUCCGUAGUGAGCUAAAAAAAAAAAGCCUUGGGACCCUUUCUUUACUCCAAUGUGUAAUGGCCAAUGGGAGCCGUAUGUUUUUCCGCAGAAUACUUGUACUGAAUGUGUAAAAAGGUUGCUCAAGCUAAAACGAAAAACAUCAGCAACAUAUCUCUCUCUAAAUCACUAUGUAUACCAAGAUUUAUUAUUGUGUUAGUUUUAUCAAGCUAGAGCUUUGAAAAUACCAGCCGUUGUGCAGUAGAUCGGACUUUGGGUUGGUUUGUAAAUGAUGGGUCGGGCCUAGGUUAUGGCUCAUGGACUUGAUGAAACCUUCUAUAAAUUGUAAAUAUAUUUAGGAAAAGUAUAAAUAUCAUCCUUAAAUUUGAUGUAA